AUGGGAACGAGAACGAAUUUCUACAAAACCCCUUCGCUCUCUUACAAAAAAGACUUAAAUCUCUCUUCUGCUCUUCAGAACCUAAAAGCUUAUAAAAUCGCCACUGGUAAUGCUCCUUUAACUGAAGAAGAAGAAGAGCAACAACCUCACGGCGACAUCAAAAUUGCCCGCCGCAAACGACAACGUAUUCAGAAAAAUCCACAGCACACUAAGCACGGCAAUGAAAUUGAAGAGAAUGACGGACCGAUGUCUCACCUGGAUUACAUAAAUAAGAGAAGGAAAGAAGCUAGCUCAUCUAAUCCGUCUUAUGAAAAAUUAACUGCUGAUGUCCUAGUGGAUGAAAUUGAUUCUUCGGAAUCUGAAGAGGAGGAUCCCUCAGGUUCUGGUCAGGAUAGCUUGCAUUCUGGUCAUCCAAAUGAAGUUGAUCGAGUGAAGUCUAGAAGUGAGCAGCGGUAUCCCCUCCCAGGAGAGCCUGCUUGUGUGUUGUGUGGAAAAUAUGGAGAAUAUAUUUGCAAUGAGACCGAUGAUGAUAUCUGCAGCCUGGAAUGCAAAGCUGAACUUCUGCAAAGUCUCGAACUUGCUAAGGGUCCAGCAAGCAAUCUACAGCCUAAUGUCUCUUCAUCAGGAUUUAAAUGUGCUUUGCCAAUGCCAAAGCUUGGAGAGGACACGUGGGACUAUAAUCACCAUCGCUGGACCAAGAAGAGAUCUAGUCUUUGUACAUACGAAUGUUACCUUAUCAUGAAGGUGGCAGUGGAGAACUUUGAUUCCAUAUCCAGAGACCUGCGUGGGCUUUACAGAAGGUCUGUAAAAUGCAUUUUCUCUUAG